AUGGGUGGAUGGAGUAAGGAGAACGCAGAGCAAACACUUAGCCUAUGGAGAGAUACGCUCCCCCUAGGACAUUGUAUCCCAGACACUAUCAAGAAAGCACAGAAGAUUAUCCGCGACCUUGGCCUCACAUACAUUAAGAUCGAUGCUUGUGUGAAUGACUGCAUGUUAUUUCGUGGGCCACUGGCUGAUAUGGACACGUGUCCAACAUGUGGUGAGAGUAGGUGGAAGAAAGACGACACAAAUUCUGAUGAGAUUGGCGAGUCUAGCGAAAGUGGUGGAGCAAAGAAGCGCACUCUUUGCAAAGUUCUAAGGUAUUUUCCACUUACUCCUCGAUUGCAAAGAUUAUAUAUGUCAAAGGAAACAUCAUCAUUGAUGCGGUGGCACAAGGAAGAAUUGGUUAGUGAUGGGAAAAUGCGGCAUCCAGCAGACUCAUUGGCGUGGAAGCACGUGAAUGACAGGUAUAAGUGGUUUGAUUCUGAUCCACAGAAGAACAUAUGUGAGAGCUUACUGGGGACUUUGUUGGAGUUACAAGGUAAAUGCAAGGACAGUGAGAAGGCUCGACUUGAUAUGCAACAUUUGGGUAUAAGGCCAGAUCAACAUCUAGUGCUCAAAAAGGGUAAGUACACCUUGCCACCAGCGCUGUACUCUCUAGGUAAGGAUGACAAGGAAAUUAUGUGCAAAUUUUUACAUGGUGUCAAGUUCCCUGAUGGUUAUGCCGCAAAUAUUCGGAGAUGUGUGGACGUCAAUGGUUGCAAGCUUUCUGGACUUAAAACUCAUGACCUACACAGUACCCUGCAAAACAAUGCCAGUACACAAGUUGCACCAAUUAUAGAAGAGGAAGAUGAGACCGGUGGACAUGAAAAUGAAAAUGAAGAUGGGUUACAAGAGACUCAGCCUGGAAGCGUUGUCACCGUACAAAAAGGUUUACCAGCACCUACUCGCUCCACUAGAAGUACUGCACCUUCCAGCAGAACUCUUUUCAACGAAAACACUACAAAUGUGACUGCAUCGAAGAGAUAUAUCACUUCACAGCAGCUGAUGAAUAGGACAAGAAAUAAUCCCAAAAGGAGGAAGGAAAUGUAG